UGCGGACGAGUCAAAGCAAGGAAUCGGUGAGGAAGCAAGCAAGCCGCCUCCCCCGCCGCGCCAAACUAGUCUAGUAGUAGUAACCCCAACGAACAAAACGAAUUAUGCCACUGCUUGCAGGAAGAGUCGGUCCAAUCAUCCGCUACAUGUUACCAUCACCCCGGCCCGUAUGCAGCGCUGCCGAUCCAAUAGGCUUUUUUAGAAGCGAAAAGAAAGUCGCGGUUCGGUGGCGAUCGAUCGGCCGGCCGAUAUAUCGGGGGGCGCCUGGCCUCGUGGUGUGAUUGUUUUGUUUCUUCUCUUGCGCUGUCCGGCCGGGGGAAUCGGUCGUGGGUCGUGGCCGUGUCUUGUGUCUGGGGGUGGGUGAUCUUCCAUGGCGUCCACGGCGUACGCGCGCGGGUCAAAGCCGCCGGCCGGCCCCGGCGAGCGGAGGCAGCCGCGGCUGGCCAAGGAGCUGAGCAGGAUCGAGCCUAAGAAGCUCGGGAUUGGGCUCGUCGCCGGCUGCUGCCUCGCCCUCCUCACCUACAUCUCCUUCGCCCGCCUCUUCGCCAUCUACUCCCCGGUCUUCGAGAGCACGUCCAUGGUGAUGAAGAACGCCCCGCCCGCGUCCACGGCGGUGCCCAGCACGGAGCAGGCCGUGCCGGUGCAGAAGAAGGUCGAAGUCGAGGAGCAGAAAGAUCUGGGUGGAGGCGACGCGGAGCCGAAGGAGCCCGGCUUUCCACAAGAAACAAAGAUCGAUGAAAAGGCGGAGACCCCAGCGGAGACAGAAAGCACCGAAAAAGAGGAGACCGCGGUAACCAAACCAGACGGUGGCGAUAAAACAGAAGAGGCCAAGGCCAAGAUGACCUGCGACGAGAACGCCGUCGACGAGGGCUUCCCCUACGCGCGCCCGUCCGUCUGCGAGCUCACGGGCGACGUCCGGGUCAGCCCAAAGGAGAAGACCAUGUUCUUCAUCAACCCGGCCGGCGCCGGCCCGUUCGACGACAACGGGGAGAAGAAGAUCCGGCCGUACGCCCGCAAGGACACCUUCCUGCUCCCGGGCGUCGUGGAGGUCACCAUCAAGUCCGUGGCGUCGCCGGUCUCGGCGCCCGCGUGCGCCCGGCGCCACGACGUCCCCGCGGUGGUCUUCUCCACGGCCGGCUACACCGACAACUUCUUCCACGACAACACGGACGUGAUGAUCCCGCUCUUCCUCUCCACGGCGCACUUCGCCGGCGAGGUGCAGCUCCUCAUCACCAACUUCAAGCCGUGGUGGGUCAAGAAAUUCGCGCCGCUGCUCAAGAAGCUGUCCAACUAUGAGGUGAUCAACUUCGACAAGGAGGAGGAGGUGCACUGCUUCCCCGGCGGGCAGCUCGGGCUAUACCGCGACCGCGACCUCAUCAUCGCCCCGCACGCGACCCGCAACCCGCACAACUACACCAUGGUGGACUACAACCGGUUCCUCCGCCGCGCGUUCGGCCUGCCGCGGGACGUCCCCGCGGUGCUCGGCGAGAAGACGACCGUCAGGCCCAAGAUGCUCAUGAUCGAGCGCAAGGGCACGCGCAAGCUGCUCAACCUGCCCGCCGUCCGUGCCCUCUGCGAGCAGCUCGGCUUCGAGGUGACCGUGGCGGAGGCCGGCGCGGACGUGCGUGCGUUCGCCGAGACCGUCAACGCCGCCGACGUGCUCCUGGCCGUGCACGGCGCCGGGCUGACCAACCAGAUCUUCCUGCCCACGGGCGCCGUGCUGGUGCAGAUCGUGCCGUGGGGCAAGAUGGACUGGAUGGCCACCAACUUCUACGGGCAGCCGGCGCGCGACAUGCAGCUCCGGUACGUCGAGUACUACGUGUCCGAGGAGGAGACGACUCUCAAGGACAAGUACUCCCGAGACCACUACGUGUUCAAGAACCCCAUGCAGAUCCACGCGCAGGGAUGGCCGGCGCUCGCAGAGAUCGUCAUGAAGCAGGAUGUCAUGGUCAAUGUCACCAGAUUCAAGCCGUUUCUCCUCAAGGCGCUGGACCAGCUGCAGGAUUGAUUAGAGCGUUUGUCUUGGGUUAUUUGGUUACUUGGUUUGUUGGGGUAUAGCUGAUGAGUUCUCAUUUUGUAAGUUCAAAUCAAAGUUACUUAAUUGAUUUCAUUUCUGGUGUAUA